AUGGAGAACAUAAGGCUGACGGAAACUCGGGCACUGCGCCUACCUGAUGAGCCCCAAGAAAGACGAAACCAAUCGUACGCUGUCGAAGAGUUUUCAGCAACCUUGAGGGGGAGCUUUAUUGAUGAACUGGCAGGAGUUCCAAAUUCUUUUGUCAAAGAGUUUGUACUGUCUCAUGUAAACUCCGAUACACACCAUUUCCGUUUACACCAAAGGGAAGCACUGGACUCAAGUUUCGCUCUUACUAGAGCUCAUCAGCAGCGCAUAUCCAAUGGCCGUGCCGGGAUUUCAACCCUGGUCUGUGACAUGCGUGUAACCACUACAUUCCACCAACGCACGUUGGAGGCAUCUGAAUUAUCACGUCUGAACAGCGAUGUGAUUGGUGUGUCCGACUCAUCGAACGACGACCCAGUAACUGUCCUGGUGGAGUGGUGUUUACACGCCCGCCUCGCGUCACAUGUCCGGGGUUCAAAUCCCGGCACGGCCAUUGUAUAUGCACUGCUGAUGAGCCCUAAUGAGAGCGAAACUCGAGUCCAGUGCUUCCCUUUGGUGUGA